GCAACGAACAAGAGAAAGAAGAAAACGACGAGCAUAAGUCCUAAUUGGACGCCAUGGCGGUGAAACCGGCCUCCCUUAGUCGCAGUAUGAAGAAACACCUGAAAUUGGUGGGCGUAAGCCAAAUCAACGCACUUCAUCAAGGGUGGGUGAGCCGGCCGUCGGAGUCCUCGAGCGAAGACAGCGACGGCGCGAGGCCCCCGUGGUGCGUGCGCGUGCUCGCGCUGGGCGCCCUGGCCGCGAUCAUGGCGGCCGCCAUCGUGGCCCUGGUGAUGACGCCGCCUCCGAGGCCGCGGGAGGACGACCGCUGGCUGGCUCGGCAGCACGCGGCUCCGCUGAGCGCGCUCGAGGAGAACCACUUCGCGCGCCUCUCGCGCUCGUUGAACCGCAUGGCCGACCCGUGCCGGGACUUUUACGCCUACGUGUGCGCCAACUGGGAGCCGCCGAGGGACGUCUUUGCCGCGCCGUGGAAGCGUUCUCCGCUGCCCGGAUGGGAGUGGACGAACGCCGCGAGUGGACCGGCCGGUGGCUCGGCCAGCGUGCGGCGCGUGUCCGCGGCGCUGACCAAGUGCUGGCGCGUGUUCACCGACCGCCACGAGACGCAGCCCGAGCUGGUGCGGGCCCUUCGCUCGCUCGGCGUGCCCGUCAACCCGCGCCGCUGGGAGAUCCUCGACCGGCCGCUGGACGUGCUCGUGCGGCUGAGCCUGCGCGCCGCGCUUCCCGUCACGCUGCUCGCCGAGCCCACGGCCGACCUGCGCGCGCCGGGCCAGAUGAUCGUGCUGCUCGCCCAGGGGCGCAUCUACAAGCAGUGGGCCGAGGCGCGCCUCGCGGCAGACCCCAAGGCACUGCAGGCUUCCGCCGAGCUCAUUGGUGGCGCAAAGUUCGCACGCGACGUGGUCAGCGUGGAGUCGAUCGUGUCCCGCUGGGCCGACACGUUCGCGUCCGGCCACGCCGGCUCGGAGCCGGAGUAUCUCACGGUGCGCUCUCUGGCGCUUCGCACUCCGGGCAUCAGCGUCCACGAGUGGCUGCGAGCCAUCAACCAGAGCCCGCCCGUGUACGUGAGCGCCGCGGACGACGUCUACGUGUUCGACCAGCGCGGCGUGCAGCUGACGCACCGCAUCGACGCCCACUUCGGCGGCGGCCGGCGCCGCGAGGUCCUGCGCUGGAUCGCCGCCCUCGUGUUCCACUACCUGGCGCCGGCGACCUCGUACAACCUGAUGCUGCGGUUCGGCCGGCCGCCUCAGCGCAGCUGCUACGAGUACGCGCUCGCGCUGGCGCCCUACGCGCUCGUGACGCAGGCGGCGCGGCGCCGGGUUUGGCCCGAAGAGGUGAGCGCCGCCCGGGCCGUCUACGAGCGGCUACGCGCAGUGGUCAGGUCGUCGUUGGCCGACUGGAUGGCGUCGCGAGCCGCUCGCGAGGAGGCCGAGACUCGCGUGAACGCUCUGAGCGUGGUGCUGGGCGUGCCGGACCACUUGAACACGGCGGCGGGUCUGGACGCCGAGUACGACUACCUGGAAGGCUUCCACAGCGUCUUUAUCAGAGACCUGCUUAGGUCUUUCAAGGCCAAGGCUAAGCGUGCAGCGCGGCUGUUCAAUGCCAGCCAGUCGGCGCCCGUGGCAAACCUGAGGACCGCCAUGUACUCGGGGGCACCACACCCCAGCAUCGGCGACGAGCCAUUUUUCGUUCCCUUCUACCACGUGAUCGUGGUGCCGCCCCGGUUCCUGGCGCCACCCUUCGUCCUGAUCAACUCGAGCGCGGCCUCGUACGGGGGAUUCGGUCACGUGAUUGGUGCGGCUAUGCUCGAGGCGUUCGACUCGCACGGCUUGCUGCUCAGCCACCUGGGGAUCCGCGCCGAGUGGCUCGAUUCCACCACCAGGGAGAAGUGGGCGAGCAAGAGGAAGUGCCUGCAGAGAAGGUACGCGACCGGUGCGGCGCCCUUCGACGCCGACUACAGCCGCAACACGCUGGACGAAAACUACGCCGACGUCGCCGGCUACGAGGCCGCGCUGCGGGCGCUGCGCAGCGACCCCAGCUACCGGCCGCGCGAGGAGUCGCCCGUGGCCGAGCUCAACAACGAGCAGCUCUUCUACGUGAGCCUCUGCCACAAGUGGUGCAGCCGCGGCCGGCCGCUCCUGCGCGCCAACGACACGUCGCGCACGCGCGCCGACCACAAGUGCAACAUCGCGCUGCCCACGGUGGCGGGGUUCGCCGACGCCUUCGGGUGCGCGCCGCGCUUCGGCGACGUCUGCGACGUGCUCUAGCGCGGCGGGCGCGCGAACCGAGGAGGGGAGAGCGCGUUGCCGCGGGCCCCAGGGCGACGCUCGCCUUCAUUCACUCUAAGGAAGACAUUAAACGAGGUUCUUUUGCUCGCGAGACGAGAAAUACGCAACUUCGUCUCGUGCACCGCACCUGAUUUCUGAAACUGAACGACGUUGUAUGGAACGCGGAGAGCGCAUGCUAAAAUAUGGGGAGAUCACGCAGCAUUAUAGAUUGGCUCGUAGACUGGUAUCCCCGCCAGACCCAAAAUUAAACAACAGACAAGCAGUCGCGUGGAGACGACUACAAACUUAUACAUAUCCGCACCCGGUUAUGGCGAACCACAUGUUCCCCGAGGCCAGGAGCGAUAAAUGUAAUCUUUGUGGGGCGAGAGGGACCCUCGACCACAUAAUAUGGGAAUGUCCGUACUCUCCCGGGGGAACGCACAAAAUAGAUAGUAGAGACACCUGGGAGACCCUGCUGCGCAGCUCGGACUCUGAGCUCCAGCUCCGGCUCGUCCAACUGGCUGAAGAGGCUGCUGGGACCCAAGACCUCCCAGCCUGCAUCUGAGGCGGCGGCACUCGCCCCCUGACCUGCGUGUCGGGGGGUGGGUAGAUCGCCUUUUCUGUUGGCCAUUAAAGUUUAUUCUAUCU